GGUACGAGUUGUCUCGCACCCAUUAUUGUCGUGCGUUUACGGUUUUCAUGUUUCAGAUUUUUUGCAAAAUGGCAAAUACAUAAAGUAUUUAUUGAAUAAUUUUUAUUAUUUAGUAAUGGAGAAGCAACUUGGUAAGGAUACUAAGCCAGGCUUUCUCUCAAUACUGACCGGCGAGUGGAUAGAUGUCCCCGAGUCGUCCCGACAUGGGAAGUGCCGCAGUGUCUCUGAGUUUGAGAAACUUAGCCGAGUUGGGGAAGGGACUUACGGCAUUGUAUAUAGAGCUAGGGAUAAAAAGUCUGAUACACUAGUGGCAUUGAAGAAAAUGAGAAUGGAGCGGGAAAAGAAUGGAAUUCCUGUCAGCGGUUUACGGGAAAUCAACAUUCUGUUAAACCUGCGACAUCAUAACAUAGUGGAACUUCAAGAGGUUGUAGUUGGAAAAAGUUUAGAAAGUAUCUUCCUGGUGAUGGAGUAUUGUGAGCAGGACCUGGCCUCAUUGCUGGACAACAUGUCUACUCCAUUUUCUGAGGCACAGGUGAAGUGUAUCAUGCUGCAGCUGUUUAAAGGACUGCGAUAUUUACACGAGAAUUUCAUAAUUCACCGAGAUCUGAAGGUUUCCAAUCUUUUGAUGACGGACAAUGGCUGUGUUAAAAUUGCGGACUUUGGGUUGGCUAGGAAGUAUGGCAUACCACAGAAACCAAUGACCCCUACAGUGGUAACACUGUGGUACAGAGCACCAGAGCUUUUGUUUGGAGCUAAGGAGCAGACAACAGCCAUAGACAUGUGGUCUGCAGGCUGUAUCUUUGGGGAGUUGCUGGCUCAUCGCCCUCUUCUGCCUGGGAGGUCUGACAUUCACCAAAUUGAGCUCAUCAUCGAAAUGCUGGGGACACCUAACGACAACAUUUGGCCGGGAUUUUCAAAGUUACCUGCGAUGGAAACUCUGUCACUGAAAAAACAACCGUACAACAACAUCAAACACACUUUUCCGUGGCUGACAGAUUCAGGAGUGAGACUCCUCAACUUCCUGUUUAUGUUUGAUCCGACAAAAAGGGCAACUGCUGAAGAUUGUUUAGAUUUCUCGUACUUCAAAGAACAACCAUUCCCAUGUGAUCCAGAGCUGAUGCCUUCGUUCCCACAGCACAGACUGAAAAGGAAAGCCCCAGUAGAGAAAGAAAAAGGGGAAGGAAGUAGCAAGCAAGCCGAGUCCAGUGAUUCCCUCCACUUGUCAGCGUCAAAGAAGAGAAGAUCAAAGGACUGAAAGAAAGUGAUCGACAGGAAAUGGAGAAAGCUGAGACAGACAGCUGAACCAAGCAGAAUCAGAGCAAUAUUUGUGACUGAGAAAGGAAUGAUGUGGUUUCAAGCAACUGUGAAAAGAUUUGAGAUUCAAGUGUGUGUAUACAACACCAACAGUCUUGGCACCCUCUGAAAUUUUUAUGUACAUAAUAUAUCAGAGGUGAUGUGGAACAAGAAGCCAUUUAAUCUCUCUGUGAUGAUGUGCUUUUGGAGAUCCUGGAAAAUGUCUUGAUACUAUAUAUACACACAGGACUGUAUGGACUCAUUAGUUAUAAUGCUGACUGCAUGGACUCAUUAGUUAUAAUGCUGACUGCAUGGACUCAUUAGUUAUAAUGCUGACUGCAUGGACUCAUUAUAAUGCUAACCUUGUAAUUUAAAACUUGUCCAAAUAGACAUGAAAAAAUUAUGUUCAUUUUAUUGACCAUUUUUAAUUGUGUAAAAUCAUGUGAUACAUUUAUACUGUUUUUGGAUUAUGCGCUUCAGACUUACAGGCUCCAAGCCAUGUUACCAAGUAACACAUACAUGUACUUCAAUGAAUAAAAUGCUAUUUCUGGUUGA